GCAGCAGGUGUGGGCGCCAAGUGUUUGUGGCGGUAAACAAGAGUGUUAGCUUAAAGUCCCUGUCGCGUUGUUUGAGAUCACAAACGUUUCUUAACCAUAACACGCAUUUCGCGUGUGUGUGUGUGUGUGACGCUGUAAUCUCCUCCAGUCAGCGUGUUCACACAAACCAGUGGGAACGAUCAUUGAACAAGGGUGGGUGUCUGUGGAGCCAUGCUGGAGUUAUUCACCCCCGCUCACACACUCUGUGUCCUGAGGAGACUGUGCAGCCCACCAGUCCUCUGUGUGUACGGCUAAACAUUGACUGGAUCCUGAAGACCCCUGGAAAUGCACAGAGACAAACAUGUCUCACUUCUACCUUGCAGCUCGCUCAUGUGGUAACCACAGUUUCCUCUGUCUCAUUGGAAGACAGGCGUCAGUGAGAAAAGCAGCAGUGAGAAGAUGAGACGUUACACAACAACUAACAACGAACUGCGAUGGGAGCUGUUGGCUGAGGUCACGCUGGGAAGACGAGGAGCCCAGAGGAGUCGUCACUUCUCGACCACAAGUCAGAGAAUCAUCGAGAGCAUCUCCAAAAUAUCAAACUUUUUAAUGCACAAUUUGUGUCCGUGCAAGAAACUAAUGAGAAGCCUGUAAUACAGAGUCACACUGUCUUUUGCAUCCACAAAACUGUAGCACUCAGAUGAACUGCUCCCAGUUGCUUGGAAUCGCUUAAAUAUCAAGUUCACUCUUCCGCUCUCUUUUUGGGAUUUGGCACUUGACAGGAGGUCGUUAACUUUGUUUACUCUGAGACAAUGGACUUGUCAUUUCUCCCCACUCCAGUGAGUGAGUGCGACACACGGACAGGGGCGCAAUUUACUGUCCGCUCGGCCAGCUCUCCCUCGUACAGCUUCACCCGCAGACCAGGUGUCAGGAGAUCUAGAGGUUUUACUGAGGAGGUGAGGGAGGGUACUGAAGGAGAAGGAGAAAGAGAGAGACACGGGACAGAUCCUUACACAAAUGGUACAAAUAAGGAAGAGGAUGGAGUCAUUAAAUAUCAAGACAGCACUGGUGGCCAUAGCAGUGUCAAGGGUCAGCCUGAGGGGAAGGAAACAUUAGGCCAUGAAACGUCCCCCAAGCUCAACCAGAAUGGUGCAGGAGUCAAAAUGUCCACAGAGUCCAGCACCGACCCUGCGUUUGAGGGUCUAGGCAGGACAGGGUUGAGGAGAUACAACCUGUCAAGCAGAAGUAGAAGUUUAGAUUGGGGAGCAGAGGAGAGUAGUCCUUUUGGGGGAACCAGAGCUGACAUGCUGUCAACCAACAGAGGAGGGGAUGUCACUAAACAGCCUGGAGGCUUGGAUGAAAGUCAGACUGGAGCUGAAGCUGUGAGGAGCAGGGUGAUGUUUUCAACACACAGCUACAGCUCUGCAGGUAGAACUAAUGUUGUUCAGGUGAGGAACCCAGUGAGUCACCUGGGCCAGACGUUGGUCAGGGUCAGCAGGGGUCAUUCUCUCCCCUCCAGGCUGAGGUCCGAGUCUGGACCAAGUUCCAGGUUCACAGAGACAGCUUCAUCACUUGGGCCCAAAGGAGGUCAGAGUAUACUGGAGAGGAUAGAGAAACUCUACGGAUCUGCUGGUUUCACUAAAGCUGAGGAUCACAGCAAAAUUAGGGACUUCUCCACCUCUGCAACAUCUGCAGACUCCUUUAUGUCAUCACACAGGUCAUACGAAAGGGUAGCUGGGGGGACCUUCCCUAGGCGUUUCUCAUUAGGGGAGAAAAAUAGCCUCAGUCCAAUGCAAAGCUUUAGGUCUGUCACCGCGACACCUCAGAGGGACGUGUCAGGUUCUGAGAGUUCACUUUCUCCAGGGAGGAGCAGGAGAUUGUCCGGGGGGCUGUGGCACGGGCAGGUCCAGGACAGGUAUCCACUAGAAAGUGGAGCCAAAUGGGGGAAAGGGUUAGUGGAUAUAGGCACAAAGUCUCUCGAUAGAGCGAGGAGUAGGAACACUGUCGCAGCUCAGAUUAGAUCUGCCAGGGCUGCAGCAGGGUUCACUUCACCAAAUCAUUUCUUAGAGGAAGAGACAUCAGCUGCUCUCAAAGAUUCAUCUAGAUUCAUAGAGGGGGGAAUCAAGGAUCAGGGCUGGGUCAACGAUGGAAAGGAAACUAAUGGAGUAUAUGGGGCCAAAGAAAAAACUGAACUGAAGAGCGGCAUCACUGAUGAUGUAUUUGAGUCAAGUCCAAAUAAAACCACACCCAAGAAGAACUUCUCAGCUGCAGCCAGCGUGAGGAAUAAGAUCAACCAGUUUGAGGCUCUGACACAGAGAGCAACAGAAAAUAUCCUGAUGCCCAGACGAGCUUUCUCUGUGCCGACGCAGCUCAACAGGGGCUAUGAUGACGUGAAGAAGAGCGGGUCAGCAAAAGCGAUAGGUGGGUUGAGGGACAAGUGGGAGGAUUUGAAAGAGGGAGGAGAGGCACAUAAACCUGAUGAGAAAGGGACAGGGGCAGGGAAGAGGCUGCUGUUAGAAAGAUUUUUAUCUGCGGAUGGGAUUGGACUAGAGAGGACAGAGAAAGGAUGGGACGAUAUGGCUGAAAGUGAAAGAAAGGAGACAGAUAGCCAAGAGAAGUUUUCUGAAGAUUUUGGCAAAUAUCUGAAACUCAAGAGUUCACUUGAAAUCCCUCUAAAUGGAGGACGCGGUAAAACAUUUUUCUUCGAUGAGACAGAUUUUGCAAAAGUGUCAAGUCCUGAGGAAGCAAGCGAGAAAGACAUGACAGACAACAAUACACCAACCCUGCUACUGUCUAACUUCAAUGACACCUCCACUAAUGUGCCCUCUUCACCUGUUAGUGAUGAUGACAAGACCCCGACAAACACCCCCAACCACUCGCCCGUUGGUUCACCUACUGCAGAACUGGAAAAGGCCUCCCCAAUUGCAAAUAGAGAUGACAGCACUUGCGCUGCUAAAACUCCUGAUCCAGACUCCUCGCCUCCGCCUAAUCCCCUCGCCACCUCCUCCCACAGCAACCUCCCUGAUCUUGUCUCUCCAGAGAUCACCACCGCCAAGCAAAGAGGGAAGAAACAGGAGCUGGACCUUGAGGCUUGGGUAGCAGGCUUGAACUCAGCCAUUAAGGUCUGGAAUGACGAUGGAGAUUAUGAGGAUGAUGAUGAAAGCACACAGAGGGAUGAGGACUCCAACUAUGAUUCAGAUUCAGAUUCAGGAGAGUCCUCUGUGACCAUCACCAGCAACAUGAGCCAGUCAGAUCACAGGAGCUUCUGCGUCAGUCUUUCAGAGCUGUGUAACUUUGCUGGGGUUGACUACGAGUCAGACAACGACAGUGAUGAGUGGCAAUCGAGAGGUCGGAGGACCGCCUCACUGAGCUCAGAUGUGUCGGCUCUGUCCUGCGUGUCAGUGAUGCCAAGUGAGGAGCUGGACCGGCUGCUGGAGGAUGUCAGGAGCCUGGGGGAAAACACCCUGCAGGACUAUGAUGAUGUGCAGGUGGCUGUUCUCCAUAAGGAGGUGGGAGUGGGACUGGGCUUCAGUGUGGCAGGAGGCGUGGACCAGAGCAAGCCAGUCACUGUCCAUAGGGUCUUUCACUCAGGCGUAGCAGCUAAAGAAGGCUCCAUCAUGGAGGGGGACCAGGUCUUGUCCAUCAACGGCACAGCAUUGAGCGACUACAACCACUGGGAGGUUCUGAGGGUGCUGAGAAGGGCAAAGAGUCGUGAGACAGGAGUGGUGGUCCUGAGGAGGGGAGGUGUUACCGACAUCUCAAAGAGUGGAGUGCAGACGAGUACUCCGGGACCAACACAGACUCAGUUCACUGAUGCUGGUCAGCACAUGUGUGUUUGUCUGGAGAAGAACAGCAGGGACCUGGGCUUCAGUCUGGAGGGAGGUGUAGGCUCCAGUCUGGGGAACAGACCUCUCAUUGUACAGAAGAUCUUCCAGGGUGGUCCAGUCAACAAGGUGUGUCCCGGCGAUGAGAUCCUGGAGAUUGAGGGUGUGAGUGUGGUGGGGAUGAGGCGUCUGGAGGCCUGGACUUUGAUCAGAAAACUCCCCCCUGGUCCCGUGGACGUGGUACUGUCCCGCCCUCUGAAACAUCUCGAAACGUGAGGGUUAUGGAAGCACAGUAAAGAUCAGGGAAUGAUGAGAGAUAGUGUAAAGUACAGUGGCUUGGAUGGAACAUGGCGUGAAUUACCUGGGAAUAUUUAGGCCUUUGAAACAAUGCAGCAGUUUGUUUACACAUAGUUUUCAAGCCCAGAAGGAAAAGUCGUUUUAAAGACGAGGGCAAAAGUAUUUAUUUUUUCUCUUUUACAGGAUCACAUCUACCUCAAGGCCUGUGAUAUUUAUGUAUAAUAAUUAAAAUGUACUAAUGGCUCAUGCAUUUAUCAAAAAGAACUAGCUUUUAUGCCAAAUAUGGCACUGUAAAUUAAAAAAACACGUUGUAACAGGUUGUGAAUACAUUGUGCAUUCAAAGUUUAUUUUACUUUUUUUAAAUAAAUCCUAACAAAGUGACGCUUGUUAAUGUUGUGUCCAGCAGAGGGCGGAAGAGUGGCAUCAUGUUCUCUUUUCUAUUAGUUCUCAGGAAGAAAAAAAAAAAACAACCUGAGGACAAAACUGUGGGGUCAUGGUAUUUGCCCUUCUAUGCACCAAACUGUGAUGUGUUGAUAAGAUAUCAGCUUUACGGUCUCCACAUUGUCAAGGUUUAUGUUAUGGAGGGAUAAUCAUUGUCUAAAUUUUACUUAUAGCCUCAAACUCAAACUAUACCAGUUCCUUUUCAGAUGAAAUAACAUCAUCAAGCCGUCUUUGUGAGCUUUAUAUCUUAUCUGAUGGGAAUUUGUCUUUAUGUCACUGCCAGGCGCCUGUCAGAAAAUUAUCAGCAAUAACACAGUACUUUUACUCCAACAUAGCACUUAUGUACUUCACUUGCAUAAUCCAUUAGUGGUCCAGAGUUCAAGGGAGUUGAAAGGGGUUGUGGUGGCAUUCGGCUUCCUGAUGAUUGGAAGGGCUUCCCUAUAAACCACCUUACCUAACCAACCUCACCAACAAACAUCUCACCACACCAGUCCUGAUAUAACAUGUAUUUACUGUCAGAGGCUACUUUUUUUACCACUUUAGACAAUCUCAGUUUUUUGCUACAGAACCUGUUACUGUCAUUUAACUUAUUAUGUUGUUUUUGAGAAUGAUUGGCUUGAAGGAAUGUUUGCAU